GCGGCGCGGGCCGGGCGCUGGGAGCGCGGCCGGGCCGGGCUAUGGGCAGCGUGCGCUGGGCCUUCCCGUGCGGCGCAUGGCGACCCCGCCGCCGCGAGUGGCUGCUGGCCGCGCAGCUGGUGCAGCCCGAGGAGAAGGAGCGCAUCGGCCAGUUUGUCUUUGCCCGCGAUGCCAAAGCCGCCUUGGCUGGUCGCCUGCUGAUGCGGAAAUUAAUUGCAGAGGAGCUGUGCAUACCUUGGAAUGAAGUACGCUUGCAAAGGACACCAAAAGGAAAGCCUUUCCUUGCCAGUAAUUUACUCACAAUCAACUCAAAUUACAACUUCAAUGUCUCUCAUCAAGGUGAUUAUGCAGUCCUUGCAGCUGAGCCUGAGCUUCAAGUUGGCAUUGAUAUUAUGAAGACCGAUUUACCAGGUAGUAGGUCAAUUCCAAAUUUCUUUCACAUAAUGAAGCGACAGUUUACUGAAACAGAGUGGGAUGUAAUCAAGUCCAUGAGUAAUGAAUGGAUGCAGCUGGAUAUGUUUUAUCGGCACUGGGCCUUAAAAGAAAGCUUCUUAAAGGCCAUUGGAGUUGGAAUUGGCUUUAACUUGCAAAGAAUUGAAUUUAAUGUGUCUCCAUUGCAACUGGAAAUAGGGAAGGUGUAUAAGGAGACAAAAAUGCUUCUGGAUGGAGAAAAAGAAGAGGAUUGGACAUUUGAGGAAACCCGCUUGGAUAACAAUCAUCAUGUUGCAGUGGCGCUUGGGAAACAGGAGGGAUUUGUUCAGAAGGAGUCUGAUGUCCAUUCCAUGGAGCCUAACCAACCACAAUUUACAUUACUGACUUUUGAAGAUUUAGUUGCUUCUGGUAUUCCUGUUGCACCUGAGGAUUCUGCAUAUUGGGACAAUUUCUGUUCAAAGCAGGAGGGUCCAGUGAAACAGAGUUCACAUUCAAGAUAAGACUGUGUAUAAGAAAAAGAAACUUGACAAAGUUCUUACGCUGUUAUCCUGUUUAAUUUGAAGUAUAGGAAUAAGUGCACAUAUGUAAAUGAAAUGUAUCUCUAUUUUAACUGAUGACCUGAUUUUCGUGACACUGCAUUGGAAUUGUAAGGGAGACAUGUUUCCUUGCUGAAGGAAUCCGAAUGAGAAGCCUAAACCAACCUGUGUUAUUGCAUCUCCUUGCCUGUGGUUCUUACACUUCAGUAACUAACCAGGCUAGGAAUAGAAAACAGCUGUACAAUAAUGUUGUUUAUUAGUGAUCAAGUGAUUAGUAUAUAAAAAUGGGUUUCCAUGCUAAUUUAUGCUGAAGCUUAAAUUAUGAUAUUACUUUUUCUCUUACAAAAACUAUUCAUUUAUUCUCAGAUGGAUGAAUUAAAAAAAUGCUAGAAAUUGUUAUGCUGUACAACACUUGGUGUUUGUGUAAUGCCAGGCUGUAAAGGUCUGUAGUAGCCCUGGAGCUACAUGUGUGCAAAAAUAGUUUGAGACAGGGAAUUAACUUACAAAUAUGUCAUAGUCUUUUCACUUCUUUAAUUAUCUUUGUUAAUUAAAGCUUCCUGUACACAACUUAGCAUUUGUCUUUUAACAGUUCUUUUUUGUAUUUUUUUCCUCAGCAAUAGAUGCAAGCCAAGCAGCAGUUCAAUUUUCCUAGGCUUGCACUUGCAUCAGUCAUGGGGGGAAACCCAAAGAAAAAAAGAAAGCUGUUUCCUUUUUUCCAAAUAGUCUUGUCACAUCUGAUGAUAGAGCAUUUCACUGUCCUAACAACAAAUGAAGGUUUCUGGAGAUUUGGAGAUCUUGAGUGCACAUCUAGAAUAUUUUGUCUUCUUUUUCAAAAUGAAUUCUGUUUUGUGCCAUUACUUCUCACUCUUCUUUCUAGAGAUCAUAAAUACAUUGUGGUCCAUCUAAAUUUGAGAAAUUUGUUUUCUCAAAUUGAACAGAAUGACCUUUGCACAAAAAUAAUAUUCUGUCCUACAGUUAAACAUAGAUCUUCAUUGAAUUUGGGGUUGUGUACAACUAGGCUGCACCCUGUAUUCUGGUGUAUACCAGAAUAGUGUGAGAAGGAGAAUCUACUUGUAGUGUAACCACUGAAUCUAUGCCUUAUUACAAAGAUGAUGAAAAUUUUGUGAGAGAGGAUGUUUUUUUCAACUAUUAUACAAGCAUUUAGAGUUCUGAACUCCUUUGAAUAAUUCUGAAUUCAAACAUGCUGCUAAACUCUCCUGCUUCCAGUGCUGAUUAAUUUUUUUUUCCAUUUCUAUGAAUCUCUCAUCCUGCAUACUAAUGAUAGUUUUUAAUGUUUUGCUUUUUUUCCCCUCCAAAACUGCAAACAGUGAAGCAAUGACUCUUCCCUCCAGUCUCCACAGGGGCAAAAUUAGAUGUUCAGUAACUUCAAAUCUGAAGUUUAAAAAAAGGCAGAAUACUUUAUAUACAAAUUCUAAGUUAUGUAUUCCAGAUUGUUUGUCUUUUAGAAAAAUGAAAUUCAACUUGCAAUAAAUAAUUUGCAAUCCACAGAGGUCCAGUAUAUGCCAGUCAGUCACUGGACCCAUCAAUUGCAGCUUUGCCAGACGGUUUGAAGUUGCCAGCUUUUUUACUAGGCCAAUGAAUCAAACUGCAAAUAUGGGAUGAGCUGAAUAGAAAAAUUUCCAAGCUAGAUGUCUGGGGAUAAGAGAAUUAACUUAAUAUUAGAGAUUAGUUAUUUUUGCAUGGAAACAGUGUCUCAAACCAGAAAUUUUCUUUCAUUGGAAAGAGUUUUAAAAGUAAUAAUGAAAUUAUUUAUAAUAUUGUGCUUGCAUGUAAGUAGAGGACAAGCCAAUUUUGUUAAAUUAGAAAAUUGUGCUUGGUUUUCUUGCAAGGAAUAUGAUAGUUUUCAAGACUGUAUCUAAUUAGAGAGUUUCUUUUGGUUAGUUUUCCAUGAAGUAAAAUCUUAGUUUAGAGUGGCUCAUAAAGAAUUUUCUAGAAGACUGCAGUUUCUCAUGAUGUGUUUUUUUCUGUGUCUUUCAAUUUGCACUGAAUUGUUUGAAAAAUAAUAUUAAUCUCAUUUUCAAUUUUAAUAGCAAUAAAAUAAUGUUAUUAUCAUUUUCAAUUUUAAUAGCAGUAAGGUUAGGUGAUGGUAAUGCUUUUUGAAGAGCCACUUGAGUCAGGUUGUUUCAUGUCAGUGCAAAUGGACACAAUUGUUAUACUUGCUUUUUACCUCAGUGAGAAAGAGCAGCUGGAUCAUUAUGGAAUUUUUGACUAAAAGCAUGCUGCUAAAAGGCCAGCAGGACAUUCUGACUCCUUAGGAAUGUAAAUGAUCCUUCUUAAAGUCAGAAGUAAGUUUUUCUGGAUAUCUGUGCUGUGGAGGCACAUACUGAAAUGAGUGUUGUUAGUGUGUACAAACAAAUUAAUGUUAUUUUUCGGUUCUAAGAAAAAUUUCUUUUUUAAUUCACCAUCACGCUUUUUGCUGAUAAAAAGAUAAUUGAGCCGUUUCUCUGCACAAGGCCACAACACAGACCUACUUGCAUUUCCACAGAAUACAGCCCUACAGGCCACAGAGUCCCUCUGCCACUUGAGAGCAGCUCCAGCUUCCCUUGCUAGGUCAAGUUGUCGACCCAGUCCAGGCUUGGUGAGCUGACCAGUGCUAUCUGCCAUCAUUCUUCUGUCCCAUUUACAUCUAAAAGCCACAGGGCCUUUUGUUUCCUUCUCUGGAGCUCCAUUCCUUCAUCUGUUUUGUUUUCUAUAUAGUGUUCUUGACAUAACUGUAUCACAUGCCUGUGAGGAUAAGAAGCUGUAAAAACACAAGCUCUGCUCCACAUGAGCCUUUGCCAGCAGUGGCUGCAGCUGGCUAGACUUUUUCCCUAUGGGACAGCGUUGACUCGUCCUCCCAUUUCUCAGAUUCUCAGAUUUCGGUCUUAGAUUAGAUCCUAGGUUGUCCUAGGUGUCAUAUCAACACAGUGUUUCUGAGAAGUAUUUCUUAAUAGUCUCUGACCAAAAAAUUAAUUUUAAAAGUUUUGGUCUUCAGUGAAAAGAUUGUCAAAAUCUAGUUACUUUGGACUUGUUCAAAACUUUUUGUAUUUUACAUCAAAAAUGGUCAAGUGGAUUAGGAUCUUCAGGGGGUAAAACUGGGUUCAAGGCAGUUAGCAACUCUGUGACAGGAGACUGGUGCCAUUUGAUGUGAAAAUCUGUAACUGAAAAAUGGAUCAUGUGAGUUCACUCAGCCUUUUACAGAGUCUGUAAACUUACACAAGAUGUAGAUUUUUACUAUCUUACGGGAUCGAGUCCACUGAUGUUGAUCAAGUAUGUUCAUCUUAGACAAGAAAUCAGAGGUGCAUCAACAGAAGAAAUGUAUAUAUGCUUGUUAUAUGUGUGCUCUGGGAAACAUCCAGGCAACAGCUCAACUUUAAACAACCAUCUUUACCCAAGACACUGCAACAAGGAGAUGAUUUGUGAAAAAGUUGAAAAGAUGGUUAUGCAAGUCAGCAUAGAGUGCCCUUUGUUGGAGCUUUACAGGAUUACACUGCUACAUUCUUCAAAGAAGAUAAGUGGUUCUUGGCAAAAUUGAAACCAUGUCUGAAACAGCAAUUGAGACUGUCAGCCUUAACUGCUGUCUAAUUCUGCAGGUGUGCUUCAUUAUCUUCCAGAAUUCAGUUAGUUUUGAUUACUUUGCUCUUUGUAGAAAAUGUAAGCAUGAAAAUAAAUUCUGAAUUUUCAAGGGAGACAGCAUUUGAAAUAAGGUUUGUUUCUCUCAAAAAGUCAUUUUUGCAAUAUGUUAUUUUCUUGCUGUGCACAGGCAAAUUAUUAUGAUGAAUGUUGUUUCUUCUAAGAUUAGGUAUAAUUUCUUUACUGCAAUAAAAUGUGGACUAUUUUGUGUU